AUGGCCAGCAUAGACGCAUUUUCGGACCUUGAGCGCCGGAUGGACGGGUUCCAAAAGGACGUGGCCCAGGUACUGGCACGUCAGCAAAACCACGCGCGCCAACAGCUGCAACAGUUCCAAGCGGAAAUGCGUCAAUUACAUAACCAACACCAACAUCUCAUAGAUGAACUGCAACGGCUUGCCACCCAGCGCACCGCUCUGCAGCAACAAAUACAUGCGGCCCAACAAGCUACAAAUACCACCAGAGAGCAGUGGAGAAGCUAUCACGAGCGUGAAUCUGAGUUAUCUAGACGGCAGUCGACCUUAGCAGCCCAAUCGCGCGAGCUGGACUCGCUGCUGCAACAGCGUGGUAAAGAGUGUGUCCAAUUACGCGCACGUUGGGCUGCGCAGUCGGGUAACGAUGCCGCAGAGGUCGCACUGUACGAACGGCUGUUGCAGCUUCGUGUACUACCCGGAGCCAGCGAUGUGCAUGACGUACGUUUCGUAUUCGGCGAUGAUUCACGCUGCUGGAUCGAAGUCGCGAUGCACGGAGACCACGUGAUCGGAAACUCUCACCCGGCGCUGGACCCCAAGAGUCGGGCAACACUUGAGCACGUGCUUACCGUCCAGGGCGACCUCGCGGCAUUUUUAGUCGUGGCCCGCGAUAUGCUUCUGGCAUCUUUAUAA